AUGACAGACGCAUUCGCUUUCUCAUACCCAUCUCCAUUGGCGGGGUACGAAAACCUCGAGCCGCUAUCCGACGAGCGCGCCGAAGACGGCAAGUCAAUGAAAAAUCCCCAACAUGGCAUAUUAAGCAAAGCCUACUCGGAAUUCCCCGACCCUCUCUCCAAAGGCCGGGAAGGUGGCUUCGACGUCCACAUCUAUCAUUUCCAAAACAGCCCCGACCAAGCCGCAUUCGCCAAAGCGCUCUGGGAACGAAUUAGACGAGAAUUCCCCGAACUUCGCAUUUAUAGAUUCUUCGACCGGCCGAUUGGCCCGCAUCCGGUGGCAAUGUUCGAAGUGAAUCUGUUCACACCUGCGCAGUUUGGAGCCUUCGUUCCUUGGCUGUAUAUCCUCGAAUCCCAUGCCCAUGACGAGGUCAUGCCGAUAAACAUUUGGGUUAAACAUCGCUUACUCGAGGACAAGCCACACAAGAUGCGUCUUUUCAUAUCGUUGGCGGUAGUCGGUCUAUCUUCAACCAAACCGGCCUGGGCAUCCCUCGGCGACAGGGCUACUGAUGUCCCGCCAUAUGUCUUAGAAUAUGCACCCUUGAUCUGGCUCCAUAGCCAGGAAACAUACAUGCCGAGCGAUAUCCAACAGCAGCUCGAUCACACCAGACCCAAUGUCAACUGGAGGGCCAUCGAGGGAGUGGAAUCACCCUUGACCCUUAACAACCUCGACACGCUCAAUUCGAUGGGUAAUACGAGCGUCUACCUAACAUCUCUAGAGGGCAUCGAAGCCAACCCAGAGCCAGCCUGGUUCCGAGGGAUCAGACCGGACGCCCAGGGACGAACAGUUGAUGGUACAUCGAGUGUCCUUAUCAUCGCAGACCGUGGCAACGGAACCGUUGAUGCGUUCUACUUCUACUUCUAUGCAUUCAACAAAGGCGGCAAAGUCCUAGGCCUGGAAUUUGGCGACCACAUCGGAGACUGGGAACAUAACAUGAUCCGCUUCGUCAACGGCACACCCGACGCAAUAUGGUACAGUCAGCAUGCUAGCGGCCAGGCGUUCAGCUACGCCGCCGUUGAAAAGAAGGACAAGCGGCCGUAUGUGUACUCUGCAGUCGGUACGCAUGCAAACUAUGCAAUUCCAGGAAAACACGACCACACCUUCCCGGGCUUCAACCUGCCUGCAGGGUUUCUGUUGGACUAUACGGACCGCGGCGUGCUGUGGGAUCCCAUGCUCAAUGUAUACACUUAUACCUAUGAUGGAACAACAGCUGCGUUCCAGGCGGUGGACUCUAAAGAUCCCGUGGCGUGGUUGGAGUUCAAUGGGAGAUGGGGUGACGACCAGCCGCCUAAUGAGCCUACGCUCUUCGGUGAGGCCAAGAAUGUGGCUGGUCCUAAUGGUCCUAGGUUCAAGAGCUUGGAUAGACAGCUGGUGUGUCCUUCCAAGCCGUGCUUUGUGCUUCCGUUCAGGACUUUCUCCGUGGAUGCGGCUUAA